AUGAAAAGGAGAAAGAUUUCAAAAGCAAGUAGCCAGAAAGGCAAAUAUGAAGCAGAGGAAAUUAGCCAUACAGAGAUCCAACAGUCAGGCCCUUCAUUUGCACAUCUUCCUUGGCACAUUCUUGUUAAGAUUCUUCUUAGACUCUCUGUUAAGAGAAUAGCCACUUGCAAAUGUGUAUGCCAAGCUUGGAAAGAAGUGUAUCCGAUUAUUCGAACCUUAGAUUCUACAAGCCUGUCAAGAAUCCUUUAUCUUGUUCAACUAGAACAAGACCAAGAUUUUGUGCUCAAGAUUUCCCGUCAGCACCGUUACAUCAACUGGAAACCUGGAUGUGACUGCAAAUCUGACAUCAAACUUGAUACCAAAUUAAAGCUCCCAUUGCGUAACCUUCAAUUGGUGCUCAAUGAUCAAAUUGAUGAUAAUGGUGCUAAGAGGAACCGUUGCCUCAGGUUGAAGACAAAGGAUCACAAGUAUAAGAUUGUAAAUUCUUGCAAUGGCUUGCUUUGUUUGUCUCUAACAUCUGAUAAUAACCCUGUUGCUAUAUGCAAUCCUGUUACGGGUGAGUUCAUCAACCUUCCAGCAGCUAAGAUGGUUGAAGAUGAUGAUGGCAUCAAGGAUUUUAUUGAUUGUGGUUUGGGCUUUAGUCCAGUGACUAACCAAUUUAAGGUGAUAAGAGUCUUCAAACAGGCGUGGAAUCCUAGUUCCAGUACUUUGAGAGUUGAGAACUAUCAUGAUAGGUUGGCUGAAGUACACACUCUUGGUACAGAAUCAUGGAGAGAUGUUGGCUUUGCUCCCAACUCAAUAUAUAAACUAGCAUUUCCUACUUAUUUGAAUGGGGCUUUUCAUUGGUUUUGUCUUGAUGGUAGCAACUCAGAUUUUGAGUUUCAUUUAACAUUGAAAAUGAGUGCUUUCAAUCAGUUCCACCACCUUCGCCAGACUUUAAUCGACGUCCCUUAAUUAGUGAGGGUAAGAGAGAUAAUGUGAACAUGGGAGUAUUAGGAGUUUGUCUUUGCAUAUGUGAUUGUUCUGAAUUUAUUUCAAUUCAUGUGUGGGUUAUGAAGGAUUAUGGCAUCCAAAGUUCUUGGACUACAGUUCAUUCCAUCGAUAAUGAUGGUGAUGACAGAUGGCCUUAUGGCUUAUAUCAACCUUUGAAGUACCUGAAUAAUGGAGCAUUGUUGAUGUUUCAUUAUCCCAAGAGUGCUCUCAUUUAUUACAAUCCAAAAUGAUCGGGAUUUAAGUAUUUUAAGGUACAGGGAUCAAAUCAAAAUAUGAAGUAAUUGUUCAUACUCCAAGCUUUAUCUCUCUCAAGGAUGUUCUGGUAGGAACUAAUGUGAAGGUGUUCAAUAUCUCGUCAAGGUGUGCUGAGUUGAAGCUGCAGGGCGAGUCUAGAGCGAUUUCUUUGGUGAAAGAAAUCAGGCAACUUGAGAUUGAUUCUGAUAGCUCAUAUGAAAGGGAAAGAUGGGAUAAGCACUGGUGGCGUAAAUGAUAUUGUUGGUCACGUGAAGAACUUUUUUUGUGAAGGGAAUUGGCUACAAAGAUGCAUAGGCUAUAUAUUUGGAUGAAUGUAAUAUGAUUGUUGAUGGAAGUUGGGAUGAUAUGGAUUUGCUUAUAGGAUUAUGAAUUAUGAGAUUAAUGUGCAGUCGUGGUCAACUUGUUUUAUGUAUGUGCUUACAGGGCCUAAUACAGACAUGUCUAUUUACGGACAG